UUUACAUCUAACUUCCAUAUUCCUGAUAUGUUGGAUAUGGAUAUCUAUAUUUAUUGUUAACAUAAAAUAUAUGAAGUGGUUGACAUGUUCAUGUGAAGCUAAGAAUCAACCUCGGUUGAUCUUGACUCCAGUUACCCCGUACUUCUCUAUUAUCUUCAUUAUUCAUUAAUUAUUCCAACUCCCCAACACAUCACAAUGCCAGAUUCUACUCUCCUCAAAGUAGCCGGCUACGGCUCCAUUAUUGUCUCGCUCCUGCACGCGGCCUCCGGAAGAAAAUUCCAGCGCUUGCGUGAAUUCCAAACCCUCCCAGAUGUCGCCUACACAUUCAGCAUGAGCGCCUGGUACCAGGGCAGCGGCUACCUCAUACUAGCUGGCCUGCUGAAUUUCCAAUGGGCGCAGGAUCCCAGUCUUUUGGAGCAGCCCCUGGGCCGCGCCAUGGCUUCGGUGCUUUCGGUUAUUGCCUGGUCGGCUUCGGGGUGGUAUCUGUUCAGGGGCCUUACGGUUGAUGGGGUUAUUAUAGCGGCUGCUGGGUUGUUCCAAGCGUGGGCGGCGCUGAAAUAAGUCGGGGGUUAAGGAUCGACAAAGUAAUCUUAUAUACAAUCUCCAACACUUAGGAGUAUUGUUGUAUUAAAAGCUCAGAUACAGUGAGGACUUCCUGAAUAGCUUAACGUCAAGUUUCCUCGGACUGUCCUGCAUGAUGCAUUUCAAGUCUUAGC